UUGACUCGACCAACCUCACAGGCGCGGGCUCGGCGGCGGCGAUGCGAUGCGAUGGCGACAGCGGGAUGGAAGAUGCAGAAGUUCGACGGCGAGCAGGCAGAUUGGACGGCAGCGGUGGCGACUGACCGCCCUGGAGAGAGCCUUCAGCACGACUGGGAGAGGGCUGGGCUGGGAUGGGAGGUUGGACAUGGAGGCCGAUGACUUGCAGCAGCCAGCACACACUGCGUGGACGUCCGCGAAUCACGCCCCCGAAGCCGCGCUGUUCAUGGAGGCGCCCAGCGCUGACAGGCCACACAGCGCACCUCGAAGAGGCACCGUGGAGCGCUGGAGGACGCUUUGAGCGGCGUGCAGGCCGCCACGGCCACGCGCUGCAGAAACCGCGAUGCUCACCACCACGCUCAGCUCGACCCUUGGGCCCACCAGGCCCCAUUCCCGCUCCGCCACUGCGCUGUCGAACGCCAGAUCCCGCCGCGGGUGGCUUCAUCAGGCCCCGCGGCCCCUUCUGCGACCCAGCCCGACGUCGGAGCCAGCAAGGAUUCUCUUUCUCGCGCCUCCAAGCCUUCGCGAGGACCUCUGCGGACCCCUUCGCGGCACGAACGCGGUCGCAAGCGCUCGACGUUGCGGGUCGCCAGUGGUUCAGGCAGAUCGGCCCUGCACGAGGUUGAUGUGUUGGCAGCAGAGGUGCAUGCAAGCCAGCCUGUCACUCCUGCACGCCAAUGCCCGCGACAAAGACUGUUUCCCUAACCAUCCAGAGGCG